GGAGGUUUCGCUCUUGGCGUUUGAUAAAUUGGAUUUUGUUUACAAAAGUUCGGCACAAGCUUGGUCAAGAGAUUUUCCUCAUUUUUCGGUGCAAAAAGUGUACCUUGUAAAUUAAACAUAAACUGCAAAGGGCUAAAGUGUUCACACAAAGCGGUUACACAACUUUUCCAUUAGCUUGUACACGCUCACUGGCACUGUAAGCAUCGGAUUUGAUUCACCACUGUGAACCGCGCUGAACCGCUCCGUGAUAUCCCUCUCGGCUGAAAAACUCUCGUAAAACCAGCCUGCAAAAUGCCAACACAGAAGAAGAAAGUGAAAAAGCCAAAAGAGGACACUGAAAGCAAAGCGCCAGCGGCCAACGUGAAGCAGGAACCGGAAGAGCUGAAACCGCUGAGCGCGUACGUCGACGACCGGCUAGAGCUGAUACGCCAGGUGUUUUCCUGCAUCAAGCCGAAGGAAAUCAAGUAUCUGCUGCCCGACUUCCUGGAGGGAAAAUCGAACGACGUGAUCAAGGAGCGUUGCCUGGACGAGCUGCUCGGCAUCUCCACCAAGCGGCUGCACUCCAUCAUCCAAAACACGAAAUGUCCCACCGACACGGAGUCCUCAUCGGAGGGGUCGGACGUGGAGAAAAUCGAAGAGCACAUUUCUUUGGAUGAAAUUUCGUCCGAUUCCGAUGUCGACUCGAAGCGUACCGCUAAGCGGAACAAAAAAGCCGACGGCAGCAAGCAAGGAACGGAGGAAAGGAAUGGCGAACCAAAGUCGGAAAAGGAGAUGACUGUGCUGGAGCUGCUCGAGCUGCAGGCCCGUGCACGUGCGAUCCGUUCGCAGCUGGCGCUGGAACCGGUUACGAAGAUAGAAAUCGACUCCGAGCAUGAGGCGGAGGACGGUCGCCAUGGUGACGUCGAUACGGACGACGAGACGAAGCUGCCGGCAAGAGUUCGCACUGGCUCGAAAGCGUCGGACGGGGCGAAAAAUGGCACUCAGUUCAAGAAUGAAAACAACGCGCAACAGCUCACGAAACGGGUGCGGCUGAAACGUAACUUCCGCAUACGCAAGGUGGGCGACGAGGAAGAUGAUGAGCAGGAGCUGUCCAGCAAUCCGCCCGACACUGGGCGAGAAAAAUCGACCGAACUGGCGAUGGAAGCGAUGGUAGAGGAGGAGCAAGAGAAGGCAGCGGAAAGUUCCCCGCAGCAGAUGGACGAAAAGAUGGAAGAGGAUGAAGGGGAAAAACCCGCGCCAAGCGUCACACAAGCUGAGGAGGAAAAGCAAACCGAGCCGGACAGUUCAGCGGUAGAAAAGGAAACCGAAACUGACACCGCGGAAGCGAAUGCGGAUACGAACGUACCAGUAACAACAACGGAAGCAACGGAUGCUAUUCAAAAGGAUGAUGCCGAUGCUGAACCACCUCAAACCGUCCGUGCUGGCGAGGAAGGCGAUCGUGAAAGCUCUCCGGAAGUGAUCCCCGUGGAGGCGAGCCCGGAAACGCUGUGCAUUUCGUCCGACUCGGAGGAGGAACGGCUAGCGAAGGAGCGUGCAUCGAUCUUCGUGCCCAACAUCGAGGAACUGGACCGGCAGGCAAAGAAACCGCCAACCCCGGUGCCCGCACAACCGGCAGAAGAUACGGAGCCGGAGGAGGGUGAAAUAUCGGAGGAUGAAGAACCGGAACCGGAACCAGCAGCAGUGCCGGAAGAGCAGCCGACCGAAGACAAGGAGCAGUCGGGUGAAGCGGAAGACACCGUACAAAUGGAAACCGCGGAAGGGAGGAACCCGCUCCAGACGCAGCAAUGGAACAAGAUAAAGCAAAGGCAGAUACGAUGGAGACGGAGGAAGCAACGGCAAAGGACAAAAGCGUGGUACUGUCCGCUGGUAGCAGCGAUGAGGGUGACAGUGACGGUAGCUCAUCAUCGGACAGUAGCUCGUCCUCGGAGGCGGAGCAGGACGACGCGAAAGACGACGCGCCGACAAAGCUGGACCACUCAGCCCAGGACGACCACGACAUUGUGGAGAUACACGAUUCGGGCGAUGAAACGCUGCUGCUCGAAGACAAGCCGCCCGAGGAGGAGGCAAAGUCGUGGAACUCGCGCUGGCUGAAAAGCAACCGCGUGGCGAAGGUGAUGGCCGCCUCCCGGCUGGGCAACAAGGUACGGGAGAAGCUGAAGAAAAAGAAGAAGAAGCAAAUUCAACAAGCUGCUGAACAGCAGCAGCAGCAACAGCAGCAAG